AUGAGUGGCGCAGACUACUCGAAGCUGCUGGAAAAGCGGAGCGACAAGCUGUUCUACGAUGACUCAGAAACUGCAUCAGUUCCAGAGGAAGCCAGUUUCCAACACGAGAGAUAUGCGCCUUCGCCGCACCGCAGCUGGAUGAGAAGGUCCCUGACCGUGCUGCUCAUUAUCUUCGCGACUUCAUAUGUCUGUGGAUCCUUCGUCUUCCUGGUCAAAAUCUACAAACAAGGAGAGUACCAUCUUCAUAGUCUGGACCCACCUUACAAUCACUGUCUCGAGGCCAUUCGGCUAUCGCUGAUGUGCGCUGGCAACACUGCGUUGUACUCCUUCCAGUGGCCCGAUUCAAAUGAGAAAGUGCGCAAGCCAAAGACCAAGACUAAUUCGCAGCGCACCUGCGCCGAUUGGGACGCGAUUGAAUCUUGGGCACAGGAUAGGUCCAUUGGUCUCAAUCCAAGCUUAGAGAGGCCCCCUGUCGAGGUCGAUCAUUCUAAGAUGGAUCAUAGCAAGACAAGCGAUUAG